AUGCCAGUGCCAACCGGGGAAGAAGGAUUUGCUCUGUGGAGAAGUAAUGUAACCCAGGCACUAAAGGAGUUGACUUGUACUGAUGAGUCCAAGCGACUGAGAUCUUCUGCACUAGAAUUAAUAAAGUGUCACUUACUACACUUCCCAAAUUCUCCUACUGAUGAUCUUUUAAAGGUGUUAGACCAUACUUAUAGUGAGGAAAGUGAAGAGGAAGAGCUCCGGUUAAAAUAUGCUGCCACGGUUAAACAGGAGAAGGAAACCCUCACUUCCUAUCUCAUACGAUUAGAAUUAAUGCUAGGAAAGUUAUUUGAGAAGAAUGUUAUCACAUCAGAUACGUUUGAUGAAUAUAUAAGGAGACAAGUUCUAAUAGGAACUCUACCAAAUUAUUCUGUAGCUACAUUUUUGGUCAAUCUUCUGUGUGCUAAGGGGUUGUUGGAUUAUGCUGACACAAUGAAAGAAGCCAAAAUAAUACAUAAACAAUUUGACCAUAUCCUAAAUCAUCAUGAUGGCAUAAAGAAAUCAUCAUCACAUGAAAAUCAGAACGCACCUAAGACUAACUUACCAACAGCCGUAUUAAACAGGGAAGAGGCCAUAGUUCAAAGCUCUAAAAAAAAGUUAUAA